GAGAGGAGAUGCAUUCGGGUUGCUAGGACAAAGGGAGGACAAAGAAUGAAAACUCUUCGCUCUCUAGGACCACGGGGAUUCCCGCCACUAGCGCCAAACAGCUCGAAUGAUUGGACUGGCCCAAAGGGCUAGAAAAUGGGGCAGAAUAGAACUCUGUAGUCGUUGCUGCAAGAAGCCAACGAGACGAGAGACUGAUCAGGGGCGAAGAAACAAGCGUGUUGGAUGCCUUUCCGGAUUUAACACCUCAGAAUAGAAGUAAAUAAGAAGCAAACUUUCUAAUGAAGAAGAGCGAUGGCCGGAAAGGAACAGCGCGCCUGCGCCUUAGGGGACUAAGCAGGCAGCCGAGCUCCGGGCGCCGGGAGUUUUCCUCUCGACCAAUCAGCGUUUUCAAAGUGAUCUCAUUAUCACGCCACAACUUUAUUUGUAGUGAUGUGCCUGAAGGAACGACGCUCAAUUUGGGAAAAGGAAAUAAGCUAUGAUAGCUCAAAUCCCUGAAUGCUACAAGACAACUUUCGACUUCCGGGAAGGGUGACUUAGCCUGUGCCUGCUUUUGAGACGGGCUCCUGCCUCAAAAGAAGCUUAUUCAGAUAUAUCAGUCAGUUUUUUCUUUUUUUUUUGACUGAUUAAACUUCUCCCGGGUAGGGAGAAACGAAGAGAUUAACCUCAAAGCCUAUUUUUGUUGGGACGACCAGAUCUCAUUAAUUUAUGGGACGAGGUCCAGCCGACGAAGGUGGGACGGAUUUUCAACAGCAAGCUCUAUCUGUUAAAGCGAACGUUCAUCUUAUCUUCUAAGAGAGAACGCACUAACAGGCAAGCACCCUUCUUUCUAUAUUUUUCUUUUACUUGACUUAAAUUGUUGCUGUUUAAAAGAGAUUUGCCAGAUUGAUCGGUUUUUGACAUCUCACUGGGGAGCCAUAACUUCUCUCUGCUACGCAUUAAUUAAUAGCUUAUCUCUGUUUUUGUUGCAAAAAGCUGUCCUGGAUUUGCAUUCUAAAGAUAUACACAGAAGAGGGAUUUCUAUUCCAGAUUUUUAUUUUGAAAAAUAUUAUACUGUUUUGAGACUACUCUCUUUUUGGUCUAUUUUAUUUUGACGAAUCUGUUUCUUGACGAUUGCCAUUAAUUGUUUCGAUCCUGGGAACUGCAUUUUGUUUACUUAACUAUUGGAGAGAUAAGGCUGUCUGCUCUGUUUAUACUGUGAUGUCACCAAGUUUGGAGUAUUAACCCAAUUGUUGCUGAAAUAAGAAGUGGUUUUCCUAUAUUUUUCUUUUAAAAUGGCAAUUAAGAAAGUGGCUGAGAAUCUGGAAAUAACUAUGUUUCAGAAAAUAAUGGAUGAGAUUGAGAUAAUGAAAAUUGAACUGAGUAAAAUGAAGCAGGAGAUUAAAGAUAUAAGGGUCCCUGUGAGAGAGGUGACCCUGGAAGGGGUCCCUGUGAGAGAGGAGACCCCGGAGAUUGGAACAGGGGUCCCUGUGAGAGAGGAGACCCUGGAGACUGGAAUAGGGGUCCCUGUGAGAGAGGAGAUCCCGGAGAUUGGAAUAAACGUGGAACAGGAACAAGAUUUGGAGUCUAUGGACUUUAGAAAUAAAACCUAUUGUUUGGAUCUCAAUGUUAUCUUUGAAGAAAUUAAUGAAGAUUCUAGAGAUAAAGUUAUCAAUGGCAUGGAUAAUCUUCUGGACUGGAAUGAUGUGAUGGAGCCCAAUAUAGAGAAAAUCUAUGGAAUUAACUGCAGCCAUGUGACAAUGGAAAAACUUUUAAGAGAUGACCCAGUGUUUUUUGAAAAAAAGAACAGAGAUAUGAUUUUACAGCAGUAUUUCAGCAACCUAUUCAGAAUGGAUGGCAAGAAAAUAUUUGGGAUAGAGGCAAUUCCCAUCAGACUCUUACUAUAUGACUAUGGCUUUGACAGCAAGAUUAUUAUGGAAUACUGAUAAUGGAAGAUUGGAUAUUGAACUUACUGGACUUAACAAGACUACUGAAGAUGGAAGAUGGAAAAUGGAACUAAUAGAGAUAAUAGAACAAUGGCUACUGAAAUUACUGAACCUAACAGAUUCUGAUGUGAUGGAUUAAUUGAAAUGUUUAUUUUGACUAUGGUUAUGACAAUAAGAUUAUCAUAAUUAGUAAUGAGAUGGAUUAAUCGAUAUGCUUAUCUGGAAAAA